AUGCCGGACAAUAUCCUCGACGAUAUCUCCCACCGCCGAUACAAUGCCCUCCGAGGCUCGUGGGUGUUAGUAUCACCACAUCGGACAAAGCGCCCAUGGCAAGGGCAGCAGGAAGAGCCUAGCAAAAAUGUUCUGCCAGAAUACGAUGCAGCAUGCUACCUAUGUCCUCGGAAUAAGCGUGCACAAGGCGAUACCAACCCUGAUUACGAGAGGACGUUCGUAUUCGUAAACGAUUAUUCGGCAGUCAAGGAAGAGCAAGCAGAAUACCAUCCACCCAAGGAGAAUGGCACACUUGCUUCGAGACUAUUACGAGCAGAAAGCACUCAGGGAAAAUGCUAUGUGAUAACGUUCUCGCCCGCACACAAUCUCACAUUGGCCGAUAUGCCACCUCAAGAUAUCCUGCCAGUGAUUGAUACCUGGACCAAAAUUUAUACGACACACCUUGACCCCCACUCACCCCUCGCCAAAUCAGCAAGAUGCAACACACUAGCGAACGGCACAUCAGUAGAAGUGCCAAAGGACCAAUACCGGUACAUGCAAAUUUUUGAGAACAAGGGCGCUGCUAUGGGUUGCUCAAAUCCUCAUCCACACGGUCAGGUAUGGACGACAACUUCUUUACCUGAAGAGCCAAGCUUGGAACUCCAGAACUUGAAGCAAUAUCGGAGAGAUCACAAUGGAUCGCAUCUUCUUGUGGACUACGCCAAGCUGGAAAGCGAAAGUGGUGAGAGGACUGUGUUUGAGAAUGAGAGCUUCUGGGCAGGAUGUCCUUGGUGGGCAACGUGGCCAUUUGAAAUCAUGGUGAUUGCAAAGAGCCAUAAAAGAGCGCUUGUCGACUUCAGCCAAACCGAGAAAGAGGAUCUGGCAGAGACGAUCGCUGAGAUCACCAGAAGAUAUGACAAUCUUUUCGAGACCAAUUUCCCAUACAGUAUGGGUCUCCAUCAAGCGCCUUUGACUGGAACCGAUGAGGAAAUUGAAUCUUCACAUUUCCAUAUGCACUUUUACCCACCUCUGCUACGAAGUGCGACGGUGCGGAAGUUUCUGGUUGGUUACGAAAUGAUGGCUGAGCCUCAGCGAGACAUUACGCCAGAACAAGCUGCGAAGCGAUUACGAGGAUGCGGUGGUGAGCUGUACAGGAAGAAGUUAUGA